AUGAAGUCGUUCGUCGCUGCAUUGACAGCAUUGAGCUUGGUUCCUAUCGUGUCCGCGCAAUCGCCGGCAAAGACUUGUCCAGAGUCAGAUAUAUGCUUCCAACUCAACAUCCCUGAGGCCACUGCCUCGUCUGGAACUGGCGACAUCUUCUUCCAGCUCAAAGCUCCAACGACUUACCAAUGGGUAUCUCUGGGACAGGGCUCCAGGAUGAGCGGCUCGAACAUCUUCAUAAUGUACACCAACGCCGAUGGCACGAACGUUACCCUCUCGCCAAGACUGGGAACCGGACAUGUCGAGCCACAACAUGAUACCAAUGCACAAAUCACUGUUCUGGAUGGGACGGGUGUGAGUGGUGGUAUGAUGACAGCCAACGUCAAGUGCAGCAACUGUGACAGCUGGUCCGGUGGGAGCAUGGACUUCAGCUCUGACAGCAGCCAGUGGAUUUACGCAUACAAGAAGGGCGAAGCGCUUAACACGGAUGAUCUGGAUGCAAGUAUUAGCCAGCAUGAUGGUGCAUCUCCCUUCUCAUGGAAUCUUGCGAGCGCAAAGGGUGGCGAUAGUGCGAACCCGUUCAUGGCAGGCUCUGGCUCUGGCUCUGGCUCUGGUACUGGUACCGGAAGUACGUCCUUACCACCCUGCGCGGGAACCGCAGCAGCCACAGCGACGCUGGCAUCGUUGACUGCGACUGGGUCCAACGCAGACGCAAAAGGCUGUCCUACCGCGUAUCCUACCGAGUUCUCCGCCGCCUGGCCAACAGCUCGUCCUACCUGGGCGGCAUCUUGCUUUCCUUCAGGCUACGGCUCGUGGCCCACCAAUGCCCCUUGGCGAGGCGGCUCAAACAACGACAAGCGCCAAGAGGCACAAGCCUGCGUCAACGAAGAUGGAUCCAUUUCCAACUCACAGCCCGGUGACGGCAGCGGUAACGGCAGCAGCAGCAGCGCCAGCUUCAAGAACGCCGGCGUUCCCUUCGGCGGCAACUACCAAAAAGCAAACAACAUCAUCCUCGCCCACGGUGUUCUAGCAUCGCUUGCCUUCCUCGCCCUCUUCCCCACCGGCGGCAUCCUGAUCCGAAUCGCUAGCUUCACGGGCUUGAUCUGGGUGCACGCGGCCUGUCAGCUACUUGGCUACAUGAUCUACAUCAUCGCCUUCGGCCUCGGGAUCUACUACGCCACAGAAAUGGACCUGACAAGCAACUCACACCCCAUAAUCGGCAUCGCGCUCUUCAUUCUACUCCUCAUCCAACCCCUCUCCGGACUCCUGCACCACAAACUCUUCAAAAAGCACGAGACCCGCACGGCCUGGUCCUACGGGCAUCUCAGCAUCGGACGUAUUGCGAUCGUUCUGGGGAUUAUCAAUGGAGGUUUAGGAAUUCGCUUGGCGGGCGAUGUAUCUCAGGGAGGGAAGGUAGCAUAUGCUGUGAUAGCGGCUAUUAUGGGGUUGUCGUACCUUGCGUCGGUGAUUUUGGGCGAACGGAGACGUAGGAGGAAUGCGCCGCCGAGCUACAGCAUUUCGUUGAAGGAGAGUAGCCAUGGAGCACCGGCGUUGUAUUCUGAUGCUGGAUAUGUGCAUGAGCACUAUGGCAAGUAG